CGCGGAAGGCACGCGGACGUACGGAAAGCUUGAACAAUGGCGACAGCGGCUACAGCAGCUGGGGGAACGGGUUCGGGGGGUUCGACACCGUCAGGAGGACAAACGAGCGGCGGCACUUCAGCUCUGGGAGCCGUCAGGAAGAAAGAUGGUGGGCCGGUGGCCAAGUUUUGGGAAAGCUCGGAAACCGUUUCUCAAAUGGAGUCGGUGCGAGUUUGGAUCGGGAAGCACUAUCGAAAGUACGUCCACACUGAUACUCCUACCAACAAGUCGCUGGCAGGUUUGGUUGUACAACUGUUGCAAUUCCAAGAGGAUUCCUUUGGGAAACGUGUUAGCAACCCAGCACUUACCAAAUUGCCUGCCAAGUGCUUCCUUGACUUCAAAGCUGGUGGUGCCUUGUGCCACAUACUUGGAGCUGCUUACAAAUUCAAAAGUGAACAGGGUUGGCGAAGAUUUGACUUGCAGAACCCAUCCAGGAUGGAUAGAAAUGUUGAGAUGUUCAUGACAAUUGAGAAAACUCUUGUUCAGAAUAACUGCCUAACCAGGCCUGUUGUCUACCUAAUGUCAGAUAUUGAACAGAAACAAGCUAGUAAACUCAAGGACAUAAUCAAGCGACACCAGGGUACCAUUACAGAUGAUAAGUCAAAGGCUACUCAUCAUAUUUAUCCUGUUUCAGCAUCGCUAGAGGAAGAAGAGUGGUUUCGUUCAGUGAUGCGGAAGGACAAGCAGGUGCUGGUUCACUGGGGAAUGUACCCUGACAGCUAUGAUACUUGGGUUCCUGCCAGUGAGGUUGAUUGUGAAGUAGAAGACACCCCAAACCCUGAACGACCUUGGAAAGUUAAUUCCAAGUGGGUUCUUGACACAGAUUCUUUUAAUGAAUGGAUGAAUGAGGAAGAUUAUGAAGUGGAUGAAAACAAGAAGUCUUCUUCACGCACUCCUGAUCGGAAAGAAAGGAAAGCAGCUGCUAGUGGAAAGAAGAGAAGGAGAUCUCCUACUCCCCCACCAACCCCAGUAGAAUCCCGGAAAAAGGGAAACAAGAAAGGUCAGCCAACUCCCUAUGGAAAACGCCGUAGCCAGCGAGAGGAGGAGGAACAGGAAGAUUUGACAAAAGAUAUGGAAGAUCCUACCCCGGUGCCCAAUAUGGAAGAGGUCAUUCUCCCUAAGAAUGUGAACCCUAAAAAGGAUAGUGAAAACACACCAGUUAAAGGGGGAACAGUGGCAGAUUUAGAUGAACAAGAUGAUGACUCUGUGGUUACUGGAGCCAAACAACAAGAUGAGGAAGAACAAGGAAAGGUUGAACUGAAUCGGCUGAUAGACUCUAGUGAAGAUAAUGUUACAGAACAGACCCAUCACAUCAUCAUUCCCAGUUAUGCUGCCUGGUUUGACUAUAACUGCAUACAUGAAAUUGAAAGACGAGCGUUACCAGAGUUCUUUAAUGGAAAGAACAAGUCAAAGACCCCAGAGAUAUACCUGGCUUACCGGAAUUUCAUGAUUGAUACCUAUCGUCUAAACCCCCAGGAAUAUCUUACUAGCACUUCCUGCCGACGAAACCUCACUGGAGAUGUGUGUGCAGUAAUGAGGGUCCAUGCAUUCUUGGAACAAUGGGGACUAAUCAACUACCAGGUGGAUACUGACAGUCGUCCUCUCCCAAUGGGUCCCCCACCUACACCUCAUUUUAAUGUGCUAGCGGACACACCAUCAGGUUUAGUACCACUUCACCAUCGAGCACCACAGGUCCCUGCAUCACAGCAAAUGUUAAACUUUCCUGAGAAAGCAAAAGAGAAGCCUACAGACCUGCAGAACUUUGGAUUACGCACAGAUAUAUACUCCAAGAAAACUCUGAACAAGAGUAAAGGAGCCAGUGCUGGACGUGAGUGGACUGAACAGGAAACUUUACUUUUACUGGAGGCUCUUGAGAUGUACAAGGAUGACUGGAACAAGGUAUCUGAGCAUGUUGGCAGCCGCACACAGGAUGAGUGCAUUCUGCACUUCCUGAGGCUUCCUAUUGAAGACCCCUAUCUAGAAAAUUCAGAUGCUUCCCUGGGACCCCUAGCCUACCAGCCUGUACCUUUCAGUCAGUCAGGAAACCCUGUGAUGAGCACCGUAGCCUUCCUUGCUUCUGUAGUGGACCCACGUGUGGCAGCCGCCGCUGCAAAAGCUGCACUUGAGGAGUUUUCUCGGGUGCGUGAAGAAGUUCCUGCAGAGCUGGUAGAGGCUCAUGUGAAGAAGGUGCAGGAAGCUGCAAAGACCACAGGCAAGGUGGACCCAGCAUUUGGACUAGAGAGCAGUGGGAUUGCGGGUACUGCCCCUGAAGAGCCAGAAAAAAAUGGCAUCCUCUCAAUUUCCAAAACUGCAUUAAACAGUCUGGUUAAAAACUGCACUGCUGUCUCUCCUAAACACCUCCAUGCUUCAACAGAAAUCUCAGAUCCUGAAAAAAUGGAAACUGAAUCAGACGGACCAGAAUCUGAAAAGGCAGAAAGCAAGGAAGAUGCAGAAAAGCCAAGUGAUCCGUCAGAGAAGCCACAAGAACGUCUUAAGAACGAGCAGCCAGAGUCUGAGAAAGAGGAUGCAGAUGCACCAGAUGAGAGUACAACAGGUACAGAGAAAGAUAAAGAGGAAGAAAAAGAGAAUUUGGAUACAAGCAGGGACAGUGAUUGGGAGUCUGGUAAGAAGAAACUGGAGCCUGAAUUAGAGGAGGGAAAUAUUGCCACAGCUGCUGCUGCUGCUCUUGCUUCAGCAGCCACUAAAGCCAAGCAUUUGGCUGCAGUGGAGGAACGGAAGAUAAAGUCUCUUGUAGCUUUGCUUGUGGAGACUCAGAUGAAGAAACUUGAGAUCAAGUUGAGACACUUUGAAGAACUGGAAACGAUCAUGGAUAGGGAAAAAGAAGCGUUGGAGCAGCAGAGACAGCAGCUGCUGACAGAGAGGCAAGCAUUCCACAUGGAGCAGCUAAAGUAUGCAGAGAUGAAGGCCCGCCAGCAAAUGGAGCAGCAGCAGGCAGCAGCUGCACAAAAUGCAGGUGGAGUACAUCCGCCUAUGCCAGGAAUGAUGGGCCACCAGCAACAGCCAUCUGGCUACCCAAUGAUGCACCAUCCAAUAGGAUCUCACCACCCUGGCCAACCAGGCUUAAUGGGUGGACCAAUGGGACCAAAUCAGCCUAUGCCUGGUAGGGGGAUGCCCAGCAUUCCUCCUGGUGCACCACCUCACCCACCACAGUCCAGUCUGCCUCCAAUGAUGGGUCCUCGGCACCCUGGUGCACCAAAUGGAAUGUAUCCCACUCCACCACCACAGCCUGAUGGGAUUUCUCCAGCUCACAUAGGACCUCCAUCUACUGCCCCUCCAAGACCUGCUGAAAAUUAGUCCUUCCCCAUGUUCCAUUCUGAACUUUGCUAGGUUGUCUGCCUCUUCACUUAGUGUCUGGGAUGCACUGUCUUUUUCGUAAACCUUACAGCAAAGCUCUGGCUUUCGCAGACUCUGCACUCUCUGGCAGAUCUCUAUUACCAUAGAGGCAGUUAACCUCAUUUACUUGUACCACACUAGUAUCCAGUUGUGCAUCACGGCCUGGCUUUCAGGCAACAGUGCAGGAAAACAAUAUCUGGAUGGUUUUAUUUAAGCCUUUCUAUUUAAUUUCACAGUUUUGUUUGUAGAAACCAAAAGUGACAUCCUGUGUGGUACCCAGCGGCUGUUCAUAAUGUGUCAUGAUAGAGGUCUGCCUUUUGUGUAGUGUCACCUUUCUCUUCCUUAUAAUUUUUUUUCCAGCUCCGUUCUCCCUGUGAAUUGCUAUACAACAGCAACUUCCUCCAUAGCGGUUUAUUGAAGCAAAUAUAAAAGCUUUUCAUAGCCCAUUUGUGUAAAAGAGCCCUAAAGUGGCCAAUACCUGGUGCCCGAGAAAGGUUAGUCCUGUCUACCCACAGAAGAGUGCAAAAGCCACUGUCUACGAGACUUGUCAAUUUGUGGUCAGUUGUGCUUUCUGUGUAUGCGCUAGUAUACAGCGCCCUGUGUGUGCCACAUAUUCCUCAGUACUUUCCCGUCCCUCUGUUUAAUCUACCUCUAAGUCCUACCAGUGCCCCACCCACACUUCACUGUACAUUUGGCUUUUGUUUCCUUAUGUUUUAUCUUGGUCUGUGCAGAUGGCAGAGUGACGGUGGCUCUCUUGCAUCUCAGAAGUGGAAAAACUACCUCACAAGUUGGCCGGUUUAUUUGGCACAAACUUGACAUUUGACCAAGCUCACAAAAAUAUUUUUUUGAUAUAGUUCUGCAGCCAGAAAAUGCAUAUUUUGGACUUACUGGGUGCAUAAUCAAAACUUGUUUUGUACCAUGCACUGAGACUUGGACCUUUUGAUAUGUGGCUGUGCUUAGCAAUAAAUAUUUUUGAUACUUAAAACUCAAGCAUUUGACUAAAGGGUGCACUGUGUCUCCUUGAAGAGAAGGCAUAUUUUUUUUUUCCUUAUCCCCAAAUUUGUUUUCACACCCAUGUGGAGGCUCUAUUUGACUUUUCAUUUCUCAUUUUGGGUGGAAUGAAUGAUACCCAAGUCAGGAAUAUUUUCAUAAAUGCUGCUGCUCAUAAGAGCUCCUUAUAGUCUCCCUUUUCAUACUUUGAUAGCCACAUUAUUUUAUUCCAUUUGCCAUUCCUAGCAUUGCUGAGCGGAGGUGGAGAUGGGAUGGUUUUACAUUAGUUUUGUUCAGCUAAUUUAAGUUGUUUGUCCUCUUGUGGCUGGUAACCACUGGAUGUGAGGCUCUGUGAUGUCUUGCCUGCCACUCCAGGUAGUUAGUCUUAAUUACUACCUGCGUCUGAUCUGCCAUUUCCACACCAGGCCACAGUAUUCCUUUUCCAUAGUUCUCUCCUUGGUAGUUUUUAUCUCUUUUCUAAGAACAAGUUUUUGAAUAUCUGGCUUUAUAUUC